AUGAGGAGAGACCUCGCGGCCACCCUGCUGCUGGUCGCUCUUCUCUUCGCCUUCCCGCUCCACGUUCUGCAAGCAUCAAACUCGGGCCGCAUUUCUCACGAGACGAACCGGACACCAGUGGUGACGGAUGCCCGCUGGCGAUCGCUGAGCGGGUGGGAGUACAGGCUCUGGACCGACGAGGACAACGAGCGGCUCUGGAAGGAGCACGCGCCCGAGCUGAUCGACGUCUUCUCCGCCUACAACGACACGCCGCACACGGUCCGCGACGGCCACGAGGUCGGGGCCUCUGUGCGUGAGGGCUACGAGAUCCAGCGCCCGACGGGGAUCCGGAGGGCGGACGCGAGCCGGCUGCUGUACAUGCACGUGCACGGCGGCGUCUACGCCGACCUCGACGUGAUACCGUGUGGCGACAGCAUCGACGGGCUGCUCCACAAGCCGCUCGUCCUUGUGAGAGAGCCCGGGCAGAGCAAGCGGUCGAGGCACACGCGGUACGUGACCAACUUCUUCAUGGCGUCAGCGCCGCGCCACCCCUUCUGGAAGCACGCCCUCGGCCUCUUGCGCCCGCGCGCGCGCCACAAGGACGUGAUGAGCGCGGCGGGGCCCUACUUUCUCAACGCGGCGUGGGAGUCGUACUCGAAGAAGCGGACGCGGCGCUGCGGGGCGUCGACCCGAUCCGCGGACGCGCCGCUCCCCUACCACGAGCUGCAGGAGGCGUACGCCGUCCACUUUUGGGCGGGCACGUGGCACGUCCGGAACCUUGCCACCGCGAUGCCGCGCGGGCUCGACACAAUCAUCUUCGACCGCACGCAGCAGCUGUGGCUCGGCGUCAACCACAGCGAGAAUUGCGCCGCCGCCGCGCCAGACCUCCGCUUCGUUGAGGAGACGUGGGCGUGCUACGACUCGCUCUGGCCGUGCCCACGGCCAACGUGGGCUCGCUUUGAUCGCGAGUGUGGCGGGAUCAAAUCUCAAUGCCCGAGCCAGGCGGCGGCGGAGAACGAGUGGUGGCGGAGAAGCGGCGGGGUGAGAUAGAUGACAGUCUCUCUCUCUCUCCUCAUCAAUUCAGUCAGUAUUCACACACAUGUUCACAUCACAGUUCAAAAAA